UAGUGCAAGUUGCAAGCGAGAAACGAAUAGAUCGUAGUGUUAAAUAAAAAAUAAAACGAAAAACUGCUUGAUAUUUGAAUUUGAACGACUUAAGAAGGAUAAAUACCAAAGCAAAAAAAAAAAGUUAUUAAAUAUAUAAAAUAGUAAAAAAACGACGAAGGGCAUUUUGAGAGUCUCUGAAAAAAUGUUGGUGUAAAUAGAUUGCGUGUCAUGAAAUUUGCCAGUGAAAAUGUCUGCCCUUUAUAAAGAAUAUGUUACACGCUCACUCGUGUUAAUCACCGCCUUUGGCCUGUGCGCUUGUGCACCCCAGAGCUACUAUUCUUCGAGUUCUUACUCAACGUCACCACAACGUGCAAGUCCUUACCGACGCGCCACUUACUCACCAUAUCGAGAUUAUAACAGCGAAUAUUAUGAAGCGUUGCGACAGCGGCGACUUCGCGCACUCGCCGAUAGCUACAAGGACAACUACAACAGUUUAAGUAGCAGCAGCAGCAGCAGCAGCAGCAGCACUAGCAGUGGCAAAACGGAAAAUAGUAAAACGCAGCGCUAUUACUCCGCCUCUCGGCUACCUGUCGCAGCUACAUCCAUUAGCGCUGCCAACAACGAUGCCAGCGGCGGCAUCACCACCACCAGCAUUUAUGCUACCAAUAACAAUAAUCAGCAGGACAACUAUUACAGUAGAUAUAGAGCGUACGCAAGUAGAAACCGUUUAGCCAACAGCUCUACGAACAAACAACAAGACUCGACAACUACAACCACUCAAAGACCGCGUGCAGAUAAAUCCGACGAGGAGAAUGCUAAAUUUGCCGGUAUUCGAAAUCAGGAGGCUAAUGAUGAAGAAUCUACGAAAACAGUCUUACAUUUGAAACGUAAAAAGUUGCGGCGCUGCUUGCCAUUCCGACGUGACGCUCAAGGUGAUGAAGUGACACCACCACCCGAUGAGCAAGGUCGCAUCCUUUGGGAUGUGAAUGUUUAUAAUAUUUAUUCGGGCGGUGGUGGUGGUGGUUAUCCACCGCCCUUAUUUGAUGCUGGUGGCGGGUGUGGUGGUUUCGGCGGUGGCUUAGGUGGCGGGGGACUUGCUAGUGCAUUUGCCGGCGCUGGUGGUCUAGGUGGCGGUGGUCUAUUGGCUGAUCCCAUUGAUGCUGCUUAUGCGCCACCCAACAGAUUGAAUAGUUUUCUACAGUUAUUUGCGCCUGGCAUACUACAGAAUGCCCUAGCGGCAACGGCACGUCCAUCGCUGUCAAGACCUCAAUCCGAUGCAAGUGCGAGUGAAGCGAAUGAUUUGGCUAAUGAUCCGGAAGUCGAUCCGGGCUAUAGUCCAGUGGCCGCACGACCACCUCCAGUGAGAAGGCCAAAUCGUGUUUAUUAUGAUUCAGCGGGUGCGGCACCCAUUACUCCCGCUCAAUUGGUCGGCGGUGUUGCAACUACGGUUAACGGUAUCAUACAGCAACUGACUGGCAACGUACAACCGGUUUAUCCUGGCUAUAGAUCGCUGAGCUAUGGAAAGUGACUUGAAAUUAAUAACUAGUUUUUACACUAUUACAUACAUAAAUAAUUUAAU